AUGUUUACGGCGGCGGAGAAAAUUCGUUGGAGGAGAGAGUGGAGGUCGGCGUUGGUGGUAAAGGGAUUAGGGCGUAGAGUUCAUUUUUUACCUUUGUCACGUAGACUAAACUACUUGUGGGCUCGGAAUGGGGAGAUUCAGAUUACUGACAUUAAGAAUGGAUGCUUCCUGGUGAGGUUCAAGAACAAGCUGGACUAUGAGUUGGCAUCGUCAGGGGGUCCGUGGUUAUUGGGCGAUACGUACUUAACGGUUCACCGGUGGUUUAAGGGAUUUAAUCCGUGGACAACGGUCAUUAAAUCGACAAUUGUCUGGGUACAACUUCCUGAAUUGCCGGUGGAGUUUGUAAACAGAGAAGCUGUGAUGCGCAUUGCGGCACGCAUAGGGAAACCUAUUCGAGUCGACCGAGCUACGGAGAUGGGGGCACGAGCUCAGUUUGCAAGAGUAUGUGUGGAGAUUGAUCUAACAAGACCAUUACUGUCGCAAUACAGGAUAGAAGGGAUAAAAUAUUUAAUCCAAUAUGAAGGGCUCGAGAACAUAUGUGGGGAAUGUGGCACCUAUGGACAGCCAACUGAAUCUUGUGACUGUCGACAGGAGAGUCCGGUAAUAGUUGAAGAGGAAGUCGAGAUGGUCCCUGAAACACAACAGAUACCUGACCCUACUAAUGGUCGUAUUUUUGGGGAGUGGAUGACUGUGAAGAGGAAGGAACGUAGGCCAAAUCAACGAGGAACAAACCCGGGUAAACAAAAAACCCACUAUUCGAAUAACCCGUUUGACGUGCUGCAUGUCAAGGAACCGGAGGUGCCAGAACACAUGCACGAUGGAAACCAAAAAGAAGAUGGUGAUGGGAUGAAUGUGGAGAAAGAGACUACCAUGAAGGAGGGCGGUGCGGAAAGGAAAAGCAAUAAAAAUAAGCAGAAGGACACAUAUAAAAUGGGGAAGGAUGGAAAGGACAAGGUUGGGGAGGAGGCUCGUAAGCUAAAUAAGGAACAAAAUAAAGAGGUGCAGAGAGAUGGAAGUUCAAAGAAGGCGGCAGGGAGUAAGGAUGCAGUGGGAGAUCGACAAAAAGAGGGAUUGAGAGAAGAUGGACCGGUUCAAUCAACCAAAGUAACUAGUGGGGCUAACAUUAAAGGUCCCGGGGCUGGUAAGCCUGUAGAAAAGCGAGUUGAACAAACCAUGCAAGGAAAAAAAGGUGCGGGGAACCUAUCCCCUUCAGGUCAUAAAUGA